AUGCCGGCGGGCAUGACGAAGCAUGGCUCCCGCUCCACCAGCUCGCUGCCGCCAGAGCCCAUGGAGAUUGUGCGCAGCAAGGCAUGCUCGAGGCGCGUCCGCCUCAACGUCGGUGGGCUGGCGCACGAGGUGCUCUGGCGCACCCUGGACCGCCUGCCCCGCACGCGGCUGGGCAAGCUCCGCGACUGCAAUACGCACGACUCGCUGCUGGAGGUGUGCGACGACUAUAGCCUCGACGACAACGAGUACUUCUUCGACCGCCAUCCGGGCGCCUUCACCUCCAUCCUCAACUUCUACCGCACCGGGCGGCUGCACAUGAUGGAGGAGAUGUGCGCACUGAGCUUCAGCCAAGAGCUCGACUACUGGGGCAUCGAUGAAAUCUACCUGGAGUCCUGCUGCCAGGCUCGCUACCACCAGAAGAAGGAGCAGAUGAAUGAGGAGCUCAAGCGUGAAGCAGAGACCCUACGGGAGCGGGAGGGCGAAGAGUUCGAUAACACGUGCUGCGCCGAGAAGAGGAAAAAGCUCUGGGACUUACUGGAGAAGCCCAAUUCCUCCGUGGCGGCCAAGAUCCUUGCCAUAAUCUCCAUCAUGUUCAUCGUCCUCUCCACCAUCGCGCUGUCCCUCAACACGCUGCCUGAGCUGCAGAGCCUUGAUGAGUUCGGCCAGACCACAGACAACCCCCAGCUGGCCCACGUGGAGGCCGUGUGCAUUGCGUGGUUCACCAUGGAGUACCUGCUGCGGUUCCUCUCCUCCCCCAAAAAGUGGAAGUUCUUCAAGGGCCCGCUCAAUGCCAUUGAUUUGUUGGCCAUCCUGCCAUAUUAUGUCACCAUCUUCCUCACUGAAUCCAACAAGAGCGUGCUGCAGUUCCAGAACGUCCGCCGCGUGGUCCAGAUCUUCCGCAUCAUGCGUAUUCUCCGCAUCCUUAAGCUCGCACGUCACUCCACUGGCCUCCAGUCCUUGGGCUUCACCCUGCGGAGGAGCUACAAUGAGCUGGGCUUGCUCAUCCUGUUCCUCGCCAUGGGCAUCAUGAUCUUCUCCAGCCUCGUCUUCUUUGCCGAGAAGGAUGAGGAUGACACCAAGUUCAAAAGUAUUCCGGCCUCUUUCUGGUGGGCCACCAUCACCAUGACGACUGUUGGGUAUGGAGACAUCUACCCCAAAACCCUCCUGGGGAAGAUUGUGGGGGGUCUCUGCUGCAUUGCGGGGGUCCUGGUGAUUGCUCUUCCCAUCCCCAUCAUUGUCAAUAACUUCUCUGAGUUCUACAAGGAGCAGAAGAGGCAGGAGAAAGCAAUCAAGCGGAGAGAGGCUCUGGAGAGAGCCAAGAGGAAUGGCAGCAUCGUAUCCAUGAACAUGAAGGAUGCGUUCCCCCGGAGCAUCGAGAUGAUGGACAUUGUGGUUGAGAAAAAUGGAGAGAAUAUGGGUCCGAAGGACAAAGUGCAAGAUAAUCACUUGUCUCCCAACAAAUGGAAAUGGACAAAGAGGACACUGUCCGAAACCAGCUCAAGUAAGUCCUUUGAAACCAAGGAGCAAGGAUCCCCUGAGAAGGCCAGAUCGUCUUCUAGUCCUCAACACCUGAACGUCCAGCAGUUGGAAGACAUGUACAAUAAGAUGGCCAAGACCCAAUCUCAACCCAUCCUCAAUACUAAGGAGUCAGCCACACAGAGCAAACCAAAGGAAGAACUUGAAAUGGAGAGUAUCCCCAGCCCCGUAGCCCCUCUGCCCACUCGUACGGAAGGGGUCAUUGACAUGCGAAGCAUGUCGAGCAUUGAUAGCUUCAUUAGCUGUGCCACAGACUUCCCUGAAGCCACCAGAUUCUCCCACAGCCCUUUGGCGUCGCUCCCAAGCAAACCUGGAGGUGGCAUGGCCCCAGAGGUUGGCUGGCGGGGAGCUCUGGGUGCCACUGGUGGUAGGUUUGUGGAGGCCAACCCCACCCCUGAUCCCAGCCAUCGCUCUGCUUUCUUCAUUGAGAGCCCCAAGAGUUCCAUGAAGACCACCAACCCCUUGAAGCUUCGAGCACUUAAAGUCAACUUCAUGGAGGGCGAUCCCAGUCCAUUAGUCCCCGUUCUGGGUAGUUACCAUGACCCUCUUAGGAACCGGGGGGGCGCUGCGGCAGCUGUUGCUGGGCUGGAGUGUGCCACACUCUUGGACAGGCCUGUGCUGAGUCCAGAGUCCUCCAUCUACACCACAGCAAGUGCUAGGACGCCCCCCCGCUCGCCCGAGAAACACACAGCAAUAGCGUUCAACUUCGAAGCAGGUAUCCACCAGUACAUUGACGCGGACACGGAUGAUGAGGGGCAAAUGCUCUACAGUGUGGACUCCAGCCCUCCCAAAAGCCUCCACGGGAGCACUAGUCCCAAGUUCAGUGUCGGGACAAGAUCAGAGAAGAACCACUUUGAAAGCUCCCCCUUACCCACCUCCCCUAAGUUCUUAAGGCAGAACUGUAUUUACUCUACAGAAGCAUUGACUGGAAAAGCUCCCAGUGGUCAGGAAAAGUGCAAACUUGAGAACCACAUCUCCCCUGACAUCCGGGUGUUACCGGGGGGAGGAGCCCAUGGAAGCGCACGGGAUCAGAGCAUCUGAACCACCCCCACACGGAGGAGAGACUUGUGGCAGGGUCCAAAGAGGGGUGCUGUUGAGCUUACUUGCCACAGAGCGUUUUCUGCGUGAACUCUGAAACAGAAAGGCUCUGCAAAGCCCCCAGAAAGGAGAGAGACCCCAGAGAAAGCUCCCUUAAAACCUUGAGAGCCGUUUAGGGGUCCAUCAGAGUGAAGCUGGCCAAGCCGUAGCGUGUGGCGCCUCCUUGUAACAACUCCACUGCCCUCUUUGGAAGAUGACAAGAGCAGAACUCACAGCCACCGCUACCACAUUCUAGACAUAACCAAGGCCACCUACUCCCCAUUCUUCUCUCAUGGCUCUCCAUCACAGCCUCUGAGGGCAACAUCUCCAUCCCUCCUGGCUUCAGCUGGAGAAGGAUGCCGGAACAAGUGGCUGGUGUUCAAAGAGUGGGUUGACCAAUUUGGGUUUGGGUGUUGCCUGGUCACCUCUAGGAACUUCUGUCCAUCACCUGCUGGAUGGAUCCCACUGCUAGAAGACUACAGGGAAUGCUCGUGUCAUGGGAAAACCUGCACCAUAAGCCACGAUCCCAGCGCAAAACCCUUCCUCAAAUGUCUUCAUUGACUUCAGUAUUCCGUAGUACCUGAGAUUUUAUUUUGAGAUAUCAUCAGGGUGAGUUGCACCACUUGUACUCAAUUCUAAUUGCCCCCUGGCAACCUGGGAAGGGUUCAGAAGGCGGGCACUCAGCCAACAGUAUGAACUCUGAGCAUUGCUUGAGGGUUGUAGAAGGAAAAUGCUUUCUGUACAUCACUAGUGUAGACUCAAAAGAUAUGCAAGUGUCAAAUAUGCAAAAGAAUAGCUUAUUCAAAGAGACUGUAUAUUACCGAAGAACAGAAUAAAAUCUGAUUUUUUUAACCUG